AUGAGCAACGUCCAACAGCUCACUGUAGGUCUUUCAAACCUUGCAUCGGAGUCCAAGAGGAGAUACACGGACGUAAGGCAUGGCUGCGAUACAGCACUAGCUGAUUGUAAAUUGUACCAGCCUAAUAAAUCGAUCCAUGAUAUCACCAAUGAACAGCACAGGCAGCAUAUAAUAGCACCCUUUGUAGCGUCGUGCCGGACAGGUAACGCCAAGAUUGCCACCAUAGCCAUUCCCACUAUACACAAAUUGAUCAUGGCAGGUGUAGUGCCACUGGGUAGUUUAGGAAGUUUGGUAGAUUCGUUGAUGGAAGCUUCGCAUCUAGCAGUGGAUAUUCAGUUGAGAAUUCUCCAGAGUCUUCCCUCAUUGAUGCAAAAUUACACGAAAGAAUUUACAGGCGAAUUGCUUGUCAAGCUACUUGCGUUGUGUUCGAGUUUGACCACCAACAACAAGUCAACUGUGGUUAUCAAUACUGCAUCAGCUACUUUGCAACAGCUCUUCAGUAAUGUGUUUGAUAAAUACAAAGAGCACACAGAGGAGACUGAAAGAAACUUGGAAAUCACCAUUGACAAUAAUGAGAUUAUUAAAGUAGACGCUAUUGCCCUUGAAGGGUUCAGCGUCUUCCAGGAUAUCACUCAUGCCAUAGAAAACGAAAAGCAAACUUAUCUUAAUGACACAAUCCAUAUGAAAGUCACUUCGGCUUUAGAAAUCAUAGAGAAUAUUUUGACGAACCACAAGGAAACAUUCCAUUCGCAUCAAGAAUUGGCGUAUUUGCUCAGAGUGAAAGUCAUACCUUCUUUGCUCAGAAUUCUAAACUCACCACACAAGAACUUUCCUCUUAUCACAAGAACUAUGAGAGUUAUCCAUGUACUAUUGGCUACACAAUUAAAAAACUUGGAGAUUGAGAGUGAAAUUGUUUUGUCAUUUUUAAACCAUAUUCUUCUCAACAACGAAGGUGGCGCAAAAGUAGUCAACUGGGAAAAGAUUCUCGUCUUGGAAAUGUUCAAAUCGCUUUUCACAGAUUUCAGAGUAUUAAAAUCCAUCUAUGAGACUUACGACAAUAGCUCUCGUAAGAAGAACGUUAUCCACGAGCUUGUAUCCAUAUUAAGCACAUUUUUACUGUACAAUUCGUAUCUUUUCAACGAUAUAGUGAAACCACUUCCAAAGUUUCCCACUCGUUCUGAUUUAAGUUCAGCUCCUACUCUGCAUGAUGGCGCUUAUCCUAUAUACCUUUCGAAGGUGCUGUCAACCAUGAAAGUUGCUAUUAUUGACCACUUGGAUAAAUCUGAACCCCCAUUGGCUAUACCCCAAACUUAUCCAGUCUUUCUCAUAUACAACAUUCUCUUAGCAUAUGCUGAUGGUAUUGCCAAAUUUGUGCAAUCGUUAUCAGAUAAUUCCGAUACCAACAAUCUUGAGGCUGAUGUAGAAUUCACAAACGCCUUCAUCGAAUCUUGUUUCACAGAAAUCUCUGCUUUGUUUGAGAAGUUUAUCUACACUCUGAUGGAUGAUGAUGCUUUCCAUUUGCUUGUCAGAUCUUUACAGAGAUACACACAUACUACUGGCCUUUUGGGCCUUGGUAAAUUGAGAGAUAAACUCUUGAUCAUUAUUUCUACGUCUGUAACGAGAAAUACUUUAAAUGAGGAAACAAACAAUGGAAGCUCUUCUGGAUUCAGUGAGCAAGGAAAGCAGUUGUUUGCAUUCGGGGAAUCGUUAGUAGAAUCAUUCGGUGCCACAUUGCAACCCCAUAUUGGUGAUGGUAAUAGCAACAAUGCCCAACCAGUUCAACUUAGAUCUAGAUACUUCAACUCAAGACAUGUGACAUGUUUGAGAGCAUUGGCUAAUCUUGCAGUUUCUUUAGGUUCUACCUUGCAAGACUCAUGGAAGAUUAUCUGGAAGACUUUUCAAUGGUGUGAUUAUUUCCUUUAUGGUCCUGAUGAAUAUAGCGGAUAUUACAACCAUAAACUGUACAAGAACUUUACUGAUUCGAUGUUACCACAGUUGUCUACUUCGGAUAUUAGCAAUUACGAUUUUUCAAGGAGGAAGAUGUUCGACAGUCUUAGCGAAUAUCCUGCUGAGUCAUUCCAACGGUUGUUGGAGGCAUUGAUUCAGCUUUCAGAGUUGCUGUUUGAAUCAAACGAAAGUAAUGAAUCUAUUGACGAUGAUUUAGAAGUGUGUCCAUACAACAAAACAUUUUACUUGUUGAAGGUUUUGAGCUUCGCAGAAAAUGACUCAAAUCAGUAUCUCAUCAAGUUUGACAAACCGUGGGACUCUUUUUGCAAAUAUUUUAUCAAGUUGGGAACAAGAAGAGAUUUGAAUUACAAUCUUCGUAUUUUCAUUAUCACUACCUUUAAUGAUAUUGUGAAAUCUGUAGCAGACCAAGGGUUCAAGUCAGCUGACGAAAUUACUAUAAGACAAACUUCGGAAAAAUCUCUAGGGGCAUUGAAUAAUUAUCUUGUUGCGAUGUUCGAAUUAGGAAUCCCACAAGAGCUUUUGGUUUUGAAUUGUGAGACUGAGCUUCAUCUUUUGACUUUAACAACGUUGCAUGAAUUGAUAGAUAAAUACGACACUUAUUAUCAGAGUUCGUGGCAUACGGUAUUCACUAUUAUAAAUACCCCGUUCAAGACUGUUGGCUCACUCAGCGAGGACAAUAAUUUGAAAGAAAAGAACCGUUUAUUGAUUGAAAAGUCAUUUGAUACUUUGAAAUUGAUUUUGGAUGAGUUUAUGUCUUCCUUGCCUUACGACCAAUUGAAGCUUCUAAUUGAUACUCUUCAUAACUUUUGUUCUCAGCAUUACGAUUUGAACAUUUCCUUCAGUUCAGUUAGUUACUUUUGGAUGAUCAGUGACUCCUUGAAGUCGCGAAUUUCAAUUGUUACCGAAAUGAACCGUGAUGAAUUAAACAAAGAACAAGAGAAGUUGACGAACAUCAGUGAGCUCACAGCUUACAUUGAUACUCAUGAUUCGAAAGAGUCAUAUCUAUUCUAUAUAUUAGUUGAUGAUUACUUAUUGUCAACUUUGGUUAAACUUUCCUUCGAUGAUAGAGCUCAAGUUAGAGAUGGAUCCAUCCAGACCUUUUUCCAAAUUAUAGAUGUUCAUGGUGCCCUUUUGACAGCGUCGAUGUCGUGGGACUUGUUUUACAGAAUUGUUCUUCCCGAUUUGUUGAGUGUUAAAGUAAUAAAUAGUGCCAACAUUGGAGAUUGGGUCGAGAGCUUGAAUUUGAUCCUUUCAGGGGUGAUUGCGCUCUACGGAAAAUUUAUGAUGGACUUUAACGAAAUUCCCAAGGUUCAUGAAAAAUGGGAAAGGUUAAUUCAAUAUUUCAAUGACUUGCUAGAUUUGAAAAGUAUUGAAUUGAACUUGAAAGUGUUCGGUUCCUUUCAAGAUCUUUUGAUUUCGUUUAGAAAUGUUGAUAUUUCAAAGAUUCAUGAAUUCAAUAGAAUUCGUACUUUGUUGUUCAAAUUUUGGGUGGGAAUUCCGAUUGAGUAUGACUUUGUCAAUGUUUCAUACCAGGAGUCCGUAACUUCACUUAUGGAUUGUUUUCCAGCACUUUACAAUUUAAUAGCCGGCCAGCUCACGUUAGAAGAAGUCAAUACCAUUUUGACUGUUUUGAACAAAUGCGCUAGGAAUCCUGUUUUACCGACUUCAUAUUUGGAUAAUGUCAGGCCUUCCAAGUUGCAAAGUUCUGUGAUUAAGAAUUUGACAAUUAUUUCAAGUUCUGAUCCAAAGAUUCAGUCUCAAGUCAUUCAACAGCUCAGUAAUAUCUUGGUGUAUCCAUUUGGUAUUAGGUCUACUAUCGAACUGAAAUUAAGUAGCAAUAAGUUGAUCACAAACAAGUUUAAGAUUCCGACGUUCAUAGCCAUAAGUCAUAUUUCAAUCAAGUUAUUGAAGACUAAAUUGAAGGAAUUGGCUGACUCCAAAGUCUUGGUCGAAGACAAGGGUAUAAUCAAGGUGUUGAAGUCAUUGCUAGAGAUUAUUAGUUCAAAGUCUGUUGGUAUUGAAACUGAAGAACAGGCACUCUGGAUUGAAGCUAGCGAGAUUCUUAAGGAUCUAGUAGAGCAACUUAUCAAAGACAAGAAUGUUGGAGGAGACAAGGAGUUGUGGAGAUUGAUCAUCAACGCAGUGAAAUUAUGUUACGAGUACAAGGACCAAGGGGCUAUUUUUGAAGAUUUCAACAUCAAGCAAUACCAAGAAUUGAGCCGCAUGAUAUUGCCAACUUUGCUCGAAGACAGCCAGCAUCAGGAGUUGAUCAGUGAUUGGAUCGAAAGCAUUUACCGUAACUCGUAUCUUUAUGAGUUUGAUGAGUUGGAAACUUCUAUCAUGGCGGAAAAUGAAUCUACGGAAGAUUUGGUCACACACUUUCUGAACUUUGACUUUGAUGGCUCAUUUGGGUCCACAAAGCCGCUUGUCAAGCAUCGUAAUAAGAUUACGAGAUUCAAUUGUUUGACGGAAUUGAUUCGAUUCUGUCAGGAUCCAGUCAAUGAACAGUUGAAUGUCACCAGUCAAUACUACUUUGCUUGCCGUGCUUCAUUAUGUCUUCGUAGAUUUAUCAGCGACGCAAAACUAUUGAACAGAUGUCCUAUAGCUAAAGUUCAAGAGGAGGAGCUUAUACUUGUGUUGAAUGGGUUAGCGGAUAUCAAGAGCGUCACGCAAGAGAAUAGAGAUAACUUGCGAAAGUUGUAUCCGUUAGUGGUAAAGUUGGUUCCCUUCACAUCGAGAAUCAGCGGACUAGACGUUUUGGUGGAAAAAGUUUUACAUAGAUUUUAG